CAGGAUUUAGAUACCUGGGAAGAAUCGGAAGAGGAUUUAGUUAAGACUGGAAUUCCGCAUCUUGCAAAUGUACAGAGCGAGAGGACAUACGUGGCAGGUGCAGUGGUUCCACUUCUUCGGAAGGGCUUCCAACUGGAGGGACAAAUUUACUUGACACCGCGGAGCGACAAAGUGUAG